CAUUGUCGCAUUCUUUCAAAGAUGGCUCUUGCUAAUGUGUUAAGUAGCGAUUGUGAGGAUUUUUCGUUCGAUUAUCGUCAGCCCUUCGCUGCGGGUUGUGGCCCCGGACAGAACGGUGUAGAUUUUGAGGCUGCUCCGGGGGAAAGUCUUCGCUUUUCCGUAAAAAAUGUGCCGCUCGCCGGCGACGAGGACGGCGUUGAGAGGAAAAUAGAGUUCCUGCAUGGGACAACAACCUUAGCUUUUAAAUUCCAACAUGGAGUCAUUGUUGCGGUGGACUCUCGGGCCACGGCGGGCUCCUACAUCGCCUCGCAGACGGUCAAGAAGGUGAUCGAGAUCAACCCGUACCUGCUGGGCACCAUGGCCGGAGGAGCCGCUGACUGCAGCUUCUGGGAGCGCCUGUUGGCCCGCCAGUGCCGCGUCUACGAGCUCCGCAACAAAGAGCGCAUCUCGGUGGCCGCCGCGUCCAAGCUGCUGGCAAACAUGGUGUACCAGUAUAAGGGCAUGGGCCUCAGCAUGGGGACCAUGGUGUGUGGCUGGGACAAGAGAGGCCCUGGGCUGUACUACGUGGACUCUGAGGGGCACCGGGUGUGCGGUGACAUGUUCGCCGUGGGCUCGGGCUCCAUGUACGCGUACGGAGUGAUGGACAGCGGCGUGCGGCACGAGCUGACCGUGGAGGAGGCCUGCGAGCUCGGCCGUCGCGCCAUCUACCAGGCGACGUAUCGUGACGCCUACAGCGGCGGGCAGGUCAACUUGUACCACGUCCACAGCGAGGGCUGGACCAGGGUCUCCCAGGACGACGUGCUCAUGCUGCACCAGCAGUACAAGGGUCAGGUGUAGCUGGACAAGCGUCUGACGUUUAAGAUCUCCUGAAAUGUCGUUAAUAAAACGGACUCCUCUGCACAUCGCCUGUUAGUUGUUGCCUCAUGUUGUAAUAUAAAGUGGGAGUAGUGUGGCGCUUUGCCCUACAUUCAUUUCAAACUACACCCUUUUCCACAAUAAAGCAGUUCUUUUGUCA